AUGCCACGCAGCAAGUUGCCAGACCUCGCACUGGUAAUUCUAUCUAUUGCUGUAAAUACAGCAACUUGCGAACGUUACUUUAGUGAGCUAGCUCUCAUUCACACGGCCAAGAGGAACAGGAUGUCGCCAGAUAAAGCACGAAAACUUGCUUUAGUUCGGAAGAAGGUACGUGAGUACAACGCCGGCCAAGAUGACGCGAAGACAUCUAGUAAAUAUACACGACUAAUCGACCCCACAGAACGCACACGCCUCAGAUAUCGCGAUGAUCGCUUCGAAUGUCUCGAGCCUGAGGUGGAUGCUGAAGAUGGGAACGUCGUUGGACCUGACACUGCGUUUGAGUACUGGCAGGCAGUACUUUGCGAGCUCGAAGAUGACGACGAUCCCCCCGUUUUCGAUACUACCGCUGCCGCUGACAAUACAGGAUCUCCGUUAGCUGCAGCAGCCGCGUCAUUAGCAGAAGAAAAGCGUUUUGCCGCAGUCCUCGAGACGAUCAAAAUCCAGUCAACCGACCCGAUUCCAGAGGGAGACCGACGUCCAUUUCCGAGACACAAUGACAGACUCUUUCCUCAGGAACAAAGGUUUCCAGGAUUGCGCGGGCAAAAGGUGACUUUAGCUGAGCUGUCGAAAACACCCAGCACACCGUUGGCUCAACCAGGUAGGUUCGUUAUUGCUUUGACGAAUUUCAAUAAGGUGACACAUUCUCUUUUGCACGCACAGUAUGGCACUUCGCAAGUCCACAGCCAUUUCGGCGCCGUCAGUAAGUGCCCAUUAUCAUCUCAACUGAUAAAUGCUGCGAGAAGGCGCGCAAGCCACCAGUCACGACGUCUUCCAGCUCAUCUGCAAAGCACCGAGCAACCGUCAAACCACCCGAGUAUUCCCUGUGAAUUGUACUUGCUUCAACUUCUGCUUUGGCCUGAGCUUUUGCAGAUAAAGUAG